UAUUAGCUUUAAUUAACAGCUAAGGACUAAAGUAACAGUCUAAAACUUUCAUAAGGGAUCAAAGAGCAGAAUUAGGUAGAUUCUACAUCAGAACAAGUUAAAAUUAGCAUGAGUGUGUGCCAUUACAACUGCAGGGAAUUAUUAAUAUCAUUCUCUAUUCUGUUAUGCACAGGUUAUAUUGAGGUAUCUUUCAAAAUUUGGAGCUUCAAAUAACACAGUGUUCUUUCAUUUCUAUGUGAAUGGAAACAGUCAAAGACAAAGAUUCCUUUUAAAUAUAUAAAAUUUUUAAAUGCCUGAGAAUGUUAGGAGUUUCUUUAUUGUGCCUGAAGUUAAAAUCAUCUGUGGCUCCCAGAUCCACAGCUUUCACUUUCACGGUCACGUUAGAGAACCCACAGACAAAAGGCAUAUUGUGUGAGUUAAGCUGUAGCAGAAAGAGCAUUUAGAUGGAGCCAGUAGAUGGAGCCAGUAGGAGGAGUGACUGAAUCAUGAUAGGGCUGUAAGCACUGCUCUAGCUUUGAUGAUAUGACCUUCUCUGUGUGCUGUGGUCUGUUGACCAGGUCCAUGUGUGGGCCAUGGAAAGCUUCUUCCCCCUCUCUAUCCCCAUAUAUGCAUACAUUUCUGCUGCCAAAAUGCAUUCUGUGCCUUGAGAUUUACCAGUGGAGUCCAGUGGUUGGCUGCCCCUUUGGUAAGAGAUGACAAGUCUGAAGAACGCAGAAUUAAUGUCCACUUUCUCCUCCAUGGCAGGCUAAUUUCUUCUUUCUGUGCACCAGUUUCCCAUCUGGGGCAGUGAGAAAAAGACAAAGCUAACAUGGCUGGCACAGCGCUGCAUGGCUAUCCCACUGACAUCACACGCAGCAACACUCACCGGGUGAAGCCAGCAGAGAGACCAGAACCAGGAAACCACACUCUGCUGGCUGAGUUUGUCCUUUCUGGAAUGUCCAAGAACCCAGAACUGCAGCACUUGCUGUUCUUCACAUUCUGCUUAAUUUACACCAUCACCAUCAUUGGGAACCUUACCAUCAUCAUGGUCACAGUGCACCCCACCCUCCGCAUGCCCAUGUAUUUCUUCCUCUGGGUCCUGUCCGUCUUGGACAUUUCCACAGCAUCGAUCGUUGUCCCCAAGAUGCUGGUAAACUUCCUGUCAGAGGACAGGAGCAUUUCCUACAUGGGCUGUGCCACACAGCUCUACUGUGUGAUUUUCUUAGGAGCUACAGAAUGCUACCUUUUGGCAGUCAUGGCUUAUGACCGUUACGUGGCCAUAUGUGACCCCCUUAGAUAUUCAACCAUCAUGAACAGCAGAGUUUGCCAUUCCUUGGUCCUGCUGUCAUGCUGCAGUGGUAAUGUUGUGUCUGUGGUGCAGACAGUUUGGGUGUUCAAAUUGCCAUUUUGUGGGCCCAAGAAGAUUAACUACUUCUUCUGUGAUAUUCCCCCCCUCAUUAUGCUCUCCUGCGCUGACACAUCUUUGUAUGAAAAGCAGAUCAUUACGGCCAUGGUGCUGGUCAUCUUUACACCAUUUUGUCUCAUCCUGGUAUCCUAUGUCUGCAUCAUCUCCAGCAUCCUCAAGAUUUCCUCUACAGAUGGCAGAUACAAGACCUUUUCCACCUGUUCCUCACACCUUACUGUUGUAUUACUGUAUUAUGCGAGUGGGACCCUGGUUUACUUACGGCCAAAAUACAGUAAUUCACAAGACACUAAGAAAGUUCUAGCUCUCAUCUACACGACCAUAAUUCCCUCAUUAAACCCCCUGAUUUACAGUCUGAGAAACAAAGAAGUGAAAGGAAUACUAAUCAAAAUUAUAACUGAGCUGUGGAAGAGAUAAACUUAUUCUGCUUGAAAGAAUCUUUCUUCUCCUGUGUAUAUUUAGAUUUUUUGUUUCUUUUAUGCUUGACUGUUUUUAAACACCCUGUGUUGGAACAGCUGGAAAAUAGAUGUAUCUCAAAUUCCAUGUAUAGAUUUUCUGUUUCUUCUGUCCAAUAUGAGUAUAUAUGAAUCUUACCACUUCGGUGUUUGUGAUAUACCUCCUUGCAUCAUCUGGUGGAAAAUGCGGUUUCAACCUUUGUUUCCAAGAAAAAAAAGUUAAUUUUUCAUACAAUACAGUCACUGUAGCAGGAAUGGCAAUGUGUCUUGGACAUGUAUCUUGUCACCUGGGCCAUAGAGUCAUUUGUAUUUUGCAUCUCUCUGUUACUAGUUCUUUAUGUUAUGAAUAAAAUUUUUUUGGAGAUGUACCUGAGAGCGUCAUACAAGCACUUGCAGAUAAAUGACUCAAGGACUUUGGAGUCAUUUAUCUUCUGUCAUUUGGAAGUGGGGAGGAAAUCAGAUCUAGUUUUGUCUGAGAGAGUAGGAAACUGACUGCAGUCUCCUACAUGAUCAAUGAAUGCUCUAGGUCCAUAAGUGCCUGUUUGAAAGUGUGUCAUCGUCCUGUAUGUGUCAUUUCACCUGCUAAUGCAGAGAACCUAGGCCAGAUUUCCUAAGGUUCUUCUGUCUCAUGUUUUACUACAGCACACAGACAUCUCUUUCAGGGAAUCCAGAGAUCAAGAUUCAUUAUGUACUCUUUCAAGAGUGAGUGGGAGAAAAAUGUGUUAUUUGGUGAAUUUGAUUAAAUUUAAAAAUUAUCAUAAUGAGCGAGAAAAAAACCUCCCAUGGUAGUUGUCUCCACUGAGUUUUGCCUGUUGCCUUUCAGGGGAAAAUACUAGAGACAAGCAUGAAUGCAGUUCUAUGAACUGCCUUCUUUUGCAGUCCAGAGAGUACAACCACCAUCUUAUAUGGACACUCUCAGUCAUCUCCAGUGCCAACCUUCUGUCAGGACAUCCUGAGGACUGAGAAGCUCCACAGAUCAACCCCGAUGAAGAAGAAGAUCUCAGAACAAGAUCCUCAGUGGCCUCUGAGUGUGCAUAGUUUGUGCAUGCAUGUAAAUGUAUUCCUGUGUGUAAGUGCGUGUGGCAGAACUUGUAGCUCAGAUCAUGUUGAGAACUUGCAUACUUGGGUUAGUGACAGAGGUGGCUGCAGUGUGCUGGGUGUUGGUCUUGGACUGUGCUCAGUGGAAAUAUGUUGCCCUUUCCCUUCUCAGUUGGUAAAGGGAUGACUUAUCUGCUGUUACACCAUCAUUUGUCCCAGGAGGAGUAGGCCAAAUGAAUCUUUGUGAUGUUCCUCCUGCCCUGAGUGACAUCUGUGGAGGAGACUGUUCCCUGCUCCCCUCAUCUCUCAUACUGCCCUCUCUCAUUCAAGUCCUUCUGCACCUUUGCAACACUCCUAAUUUUAGAAAAAUGCAGUAAAGAAUCUGCAUUUUCACUAGUUAUCCUUUUUCUCUAGAUAAUGAAGAUAAAUAGGUACUUCUUGAGAAUAGAUCAUCUGUUCUACUUUAAAUUCCUAAUUUAGGAUCAGUGUCUAAUAGAAUACCGUGUCCUUUUCUCUCCAGUGAUAUACCCUAUUAAAAAGGCCAUGGAACAGCCAGCCUGAACAACAUCCAUAUAAUAUGACAGAAACACAUAAAAAAGAUUUACAGAAAAAAGCUAUAGAAAAUGCAGUUGUUAAAAGCACAAUUAGACAUUAGAAGCAGAGAGAGUCAUGAUCUUAUUUAAGUAGCACUUGGGAAACAGUCAAUACUGUAAGAAAGAUGAGUUCUCAACAUUUUCAAGCUGAAGGGAAUGAAACUUGUAGUGCGCUUCCUGUUAUGGUAUAGUGUACAGGUGAGAGAUGGGAGUAUGAUGUUCUCUAGACAUCAUGCUAAAGCUGAGCUGCAGUGCAGAAAAGACAGAAACAUGACUGGACAAAAUCCUGGGCAACUGAAUCUGGUGAAACUUACUAAGCCACAAAAACCCCAGGAUCCUUCUCUGAAGCCAGUUGGUACCCAACCUGUACUAGGUCAUGGGGUUAUUCCAAGUGCAGGACUUGGCAUUGCCCUUUGCUGAACUUCAUGAAGUUCCUCUGUCAAUUUCUCCAGCCUCUUGAGGUCUCCUUGAAUGACAGCAUACCCAUCUGGUCUACCAACACUUCUCCCAGAUUUUGUAUCAUCUGCAAACUUGGUGAGGAUGCACUCUAUCCUAUAAUCCAGACCAUUAACGAAGACAUUAAAUAGUACUACUGUACCUAAUAUUGACUCUUGGAGUACUUCACUAAUGGCUGGCCUGCAGCUGGACUUUGAGACCCUGAUCACAGUCCUCUGAGCACAGCAGUUCAGCAAGUUUCCAAUCCACUCCACUGUCCAGUUACCUAGUCCAUACUUUGUCAGCUUGUCUAUUAGGAUGUUACAGGACAAAGUGUGAAAAGCCUUACUGAAGUCUCUUUGCAUUCAUCAAGCCAGUCAUCUCAUUGUGGAAGACUGUCAGGUUAGUUAUGCAUGAUUUCCCCUUCAUAAAUCCACGCUAACCUCUGAAGCAGCUCAAACUCCCUCAUAUGCUGUAAGUAUUUCCUUUUCAUUCAGGGUGGAGCAACUUCUUCUAUAUCCCGAGCUAUAAAACCCUAGAGGUCCAACCUGGGUCCUUCUGAAUGUUUUUUGCCAAAGGCUCCAGGUGAGACCAUGCUCCCCAGGUGUCAUGUAGAGUACACUCUGCACAGCUCUGAUGCAAGAACUAUCUCUUGUUUGAUCUAUUCAAAGGCACAUUGCAGCUUAGGGUCCCAGUUGAAAGAGUUGUUCUUUCAGGUCACUCAGUAGAGAGGACUCACAAACUCACUGCAAGAGGGAAUAUACAUUCUCCAGAAGUUCACAAUGCCCAGAAAAGCUUAUGUUUCUUUUUUUGCUAGCUGGUGGUGAUGUGGAUGUUUUCUUACUGAACACAUUCACUGGGAUGUGACAAUAUCCAUUUUGCCAUUUCAUUCUCAGAAACUGUCUCUCUUGUGCAGGUCCUUUGAUCUUGCUCUGUUUUAUGGCAAAAUCAGUCUUCAGAAGGAAGAGAACUUCUACCUUUCAUCAUGAGAAGUCCUGUCUCUUUUUGGUAUUAAAAAGGCAUCCAUCUUUCAGAUGAUCUGACGUUAAGGCAAGAUUACAUGUCUGUUCAGGCAUCAACUCUUAGGCCAUUGGAAGUGAAAACUGGUCUAGACACCUGUCUGAAUUCUCCCACACACUUUUCCACCCAGGCAGUGGCUGACUCAGGUCAUAUUCCUGUGUGUCUUCCCCAACCAGUUGAUUA